AUGUUCUUGCGUAAAAUUCUAGUUGCGGGACAUUCUGGAAACCUGAUAUUCGGAACUCUAAGUGGUCGUAAGGUGGUUGUGUUGCAAGGACGAUUUCAUAUGUAUGAAGGAUACAGCAGACAUGAGAUAGCUAUCCCGAUACGCGUUAUGAAACUGUUGGGUGUCAAAACUCUGUUGAUUAGCAAUGCUGUUGGCGGUUUGAACAGAGAUCUAAAAAGUGGUGAUUUCGUCAUCUUGAAAGACCAUCUUUACUUUGCUGGACUGUCACUGAACAACGUCCUGGUUGGUCCGAAUGAUGAAGCAUUUGGCCCUCGAUUUCCAGCACUCUCGGAUGCCUAUGAUUUGAACUUGAGGAAAUUAGCCCUUCAAGUCGCCAAAGAGGAGAACUUUCAGGACCUGGUUCACGAGGGUGUCUACUGCAUGAAUGGUGGUCCUAAUUAUGAAACACCUGCUGAGUGCAAGAUGUUGCUUAUGAUGGGUUGCGAUGUUGUUGGUAUGAGUACCAUACCAGAAGUAAUACUUGCUCGUCAUUGUGGAAUGAAAGUACUUGCCGUUUCAUUGGUCACAAAUAUAAGUGUACUGGAUGUUGAAAGUAAAGUGAUCGCAAACCAUGAAGAAGUUCUAGCAAUGUCUGCCAAACGUGCAGGUUUAUUACAGUCAUGGUUUGAGAAGAUUAUCGCCAGAUUGCCGUUGGAUUGA